AUGCUGUUCUCUCAAAGAAGUGCCUGCGAUCGCUGCCGAGCUCUCAAGAGCCGUUGCUCCAGAGAGUCUGGAGCAGCCAAGUGCGAAAGAUGUCAACGACUCCAGAUCGACUGUUUCUACAGUCCACCGCGGCGGAUGGGAAGACCGGCAAAGAAGCGCUUGAACCCGGAAACCGCCCAGUCAACCCCGUCAACCACAUUCCGACCAUCCUCGACAAUGUCCAGUAACACUACUAUCCAAACAAUCAGAAGCCCACCCAAAGUGCUUCCAUCCAACGUCCACGAUGCGAGCGACUUCCAACAGUACGGGCUAGGAAUCAUACCGAGCCAUCCGGAAGAAGACGGAUCUUGGACUGGAAACUUCGGGGACCCUUUACUUGGACUUUUGCAAAGCAACGACACAAAGCUGAUGUCUACGGAAUGGAUGGACACAGAUACGCUGGGGUUCUUGGCUCAUCAAGACGACAGUCUUGUGACACAACCCCACGAUAUGCCUCUUACACCGCCAACAACGAUUGGCUCUUUACCACACACAACAGAGGACAACUGGAUUCCGGGUUGCGAUCACCCAUCCGAAUUCAGCCAUGCCGAAUCAUUCGCCGGCGAUAAUAUGCCUCCAUCACCAGAAGCAACUAUAAGGUCAUCCGAGUCGGCAGCUCAGCGACUCAUGGAUCUUCAGUCUCUGCUGUUCUCGCGACACAUCACCAGGGCACAGGAUGCAGACGGGCUUACGACACUGAUCAACACGACCGUGCACUCGACAGAAACUCUCAUUGAUGUCGUGGAAAGCUUACCACAGUUGAGGCCGAGCGUGGAAGGACGACGAUCUACUUCACCGCCAACCUGCUGGACAGGAGCACCCGACACAUCCGGCUUCGCCACACAAGCAGCAGCACCACAGCUUCUGAAAGAGCCACAACACCCACCAAACCUAACUCUCAUCAUCUGUCUUUUUAUGACAAAUUAUCUUCUUCUUCUGGAUUCUUACGAAGAACUCCUCGGCGCCCUUAGGGGCCGUCUUCAAUGUUCACGACAGAGCCAGGGGCCAAGUCCCGGCAGCGAUUUCAGCCUGACACAGCCAUUCCUGGGCAGCAGUACGCCCAGUGGAAGCCUCAACAAAUUCAACGUUGUGAGCUCUUUUGACUUGGACGUCAACUCGGUCGUAUUUUUGUUGUCUCGAAUGAUGAAGAGACUACACAAAUCUACAGAAUGCCGAUUCAGCGCCGUUUCCAUGACACCACCUGCCGUUAGCCAGUCCCAAAGCCAGGGGUUCCCGGCUUCAGCCACAUCAUACAACUUUGACUUUCAAGAUGGGAUAAGCCAGGAUACAGACGGGUGCUCGGAAACGUCAGGGGCCUAUUCUCCGAUGGCUAUGAUGGGGGACUAUGCACUGCGGGAAGUAAGCCAGAGACACCAGAGCGUGAUGGAGUCGCUCCGUGUGAUUCGGUGGCUUGCGGACGAAUUAUGACACAACCUGUACGACAGAUGUACACACUUUUGUGAAACUAAAGUUAAAGAUACAUCAAUCAAAUAAGCGAACAGCCGC